AUGGAGGAACAAGUUACAAGACUGGUCUCCCAGGCAUGGGAGCGGUAUCAGAAGGCUCCAGAAGACCAUCGCUUCAUGAUUGCCAUAGCCGGCAUCCCAGGAUCAGGGAAGACAACACUGUCACAAAGAGUCACCGACCAGCUGAAUGCGCUGCACCAGGCCUCGCAUCCCGGGAGCGAUCCCAUUGCCAUCUUCGUGCCUAUGGAUGGCUACCAUUACACCCGAGCGAUCCUGGAUCAGAUGCCAGACCCGGUCAAGGCCCACGCUCGCCGCGGCGCCGAGUUCACUUUCGACGGUGAAUCAUAUCUGAAGCUCAUCCAGGCACUUCGCGUGCCUCUAGACCGAGCUACCACUCAGUCCAUCUACGCGCCGUCCUUCGACCACGCUGUAAAGGACCCUGUGGACAACGACAUCGAGAUCAAGCCAGAACACCGAAUCGUUGUCUUCGAGGGCAAUUACGUGUGCCUUGAUCGGAAGCCGUGGAGCGAGGCUGCGGCACUGAUGGACCUGAGGUGGUUUGUCGAGGUGGACAGGACGGUCGCGAGGGAAAGGUUGGCAGCGCGGCACGUGAAGGCAGGCAUUGUGGAUACCCUUGCGGGCGGUUAUGAGAGAGCAGAUACGAACGACUUGCCAAACGGCGACGAGAUUAAUGCAUUGAAGAUCGGAAAUAUGGAUGGGACGGUGGUUAGUAAGGAAGAUCAGGGUUGGGCUUAA